AGGAGAGGAACCAGCCACUGAGGACUUACCGUAGGAACGGCAUGGAGAGCCGAUGGAGUGGCUGGGUGCUGAUCCUUUCAGUGUGCCUGGGGUCCUACCAAGCCGGGGCCAGCCCCCUCCACCAGUGCAGCGAGCGGCCGGAGGACUGGUGCCGGGACGUGGCAACGGCGGCCAAGUGUGGGGCUCUGGAGCUCUGCCGGAUCACCGUCUGGGACCAGGCCCUGGGGCAGAAGGGGAUCCCAUGUCACCUGUGCACGAUGGCAGUCUCCGUGGUGGGCAAGAUCCUGCAGGACAACCGCACUGAGGAAAAGCUGCGGGUCUUCUUGGAUAAGAAAUGCCAGUACCUGCCCUUCCAGGACUGGUCUGUCAAGUGCAAGAAGAUGGUGGACACCGGCAUCCUCAUCCUCGUCCAGCUGGGCAAGCAAGUGCUGUCGGACCCAAAGGUGGUGUGUGGGACCAUCAAGUUGUGCCAGCCCCGGGAGAGCCCCACGGGUGCCCUGAAGUUCCAGGAGUCGUCAUCAGCCUCCGCAGGCCCUGCUCAGGACUUCGCUGACCUCAUCAACCCCUUCAUCGCCAACGUGCCCCUCCUGCUCCAUCCCCAGGACCUGCCUCGCGGUGAGGCCCAGGAGACGGAAGAGGUGUGUGGGGACUGCCUGCAGCUGGUGGCCGCCCUGCAGCUGGAGCUGGGGACCAACACUGCCUUUGCCCGGGCCCUGGUGGCCCACGCCGAGCAGGCGUGCGAGGGCAUGGCACCCACCCUGGCACAGCAGUGCAAGCACUACGUGGCCAACUACGUGGACACGGCUGCCCAGCUUCUCCAGCACUUGCAGGCAGAGGACCCCAUGGUGCUGUGUGGCCAGCUGGGACUCUGCUCCUCCGCCUCGGCGCUGCCCCUCCACACGCUGCUCACGGAGAAGGUGAUGCAGGUCCUGAGCGUGCUAGGGCAGGAUGAGGAGAAGACCACGCCGCUGUGUGAGAUGUGCCAGUUUGCCGUGAGGGCAGCUGAGAGCCUCCUGGAGAACAACAUGACGGAGGAGCAACUGGUGAACGACAUCGAGAAGGUGUGCUACAUGCUGCCCCACGGUGUCAUCGGGCAGUGCAAGGACUUCGUCGACUCCUACGGCAAAGCCGUGGUCAUCAUGCUGCUGGAGGCCACCGACCCAGCGGCCGUCUGCACCAUGCUGCACUGCUGUCCCCGCAGCGGGGACACCCACCAAGGGGCUGCCGCGCUGGAGGAGCUGGCAGUGGGGGCAGGUGCCUUCUGCAACGUCUGCCAGAUUGUCAUCACCUACUUCGAUAACGAGCUGCUGAAGAACGAGACCUUGGCGGAGCUGGGCGACGUGCUGGAGAAGGGCUGUGAGCUCCUGCCCACCCCGCUCACCAGCAAGUGUGAGGCGCUGGUGGUCCAGUACGAGCCGGCGGCCGUGCGGCUCCUCGUGCAGAUGAUGGACCCCAACUUCAUCUGCACCAAGAUAAGAGCCUGCGACUCACCCGAGGAGGACCUCCUGGGCUCCGACCCCUGCGCCUGGGGCCCACACUACUGGUGCAAGAACAUGGCCACAGCAGUUGAGUGCCAGGCCGUGGAGCACUGUUGGCGUCACCUAUGGAACUAGGAGCCACCUCCCCACCUGGCUGGGUUUGCCAGCUGUUUUGGUUCAGGAUCCCGGACCCCCCCUUCCCUUGGGAUGCACCCGCAUCCAUGGAUGGCAACGGCAGGAGCCCACCGGCCUCACCACCCCGGUGGGGGCUGUGGGGCACCCCAGCCACCUCUGCCACCUUCUUUUUCCACCCCCUGGGGCUCGGAUUUCCAAAUCAGGUUAAGGGACUUGUCAGUAUUUUCAGGACUGGGGGGAUUCAGCCUCUUCAUUCUCUCAGGCUGGUUGCCAAACCCCACCAGCCCAUCCCAUCCCCAUCCCCAUCCCCAUCCCCAUCCCCAUCCCAUCCCAUCCCAUCCCAUCCCAUCCCAUCCCAUCCGGAGCCACUUGUAAAGCCCAAAUCCUGCAACGUGGAUCCAUUCCCCGUGGGCUGGGGGUGGUUUCUGCUGCCCAGAUGCCAGCACCCCACUCCCACCAGCCUCGCACCGCGGGUGUCGUCGGCUUUUGGCAACCCUUUGCUGGUCCCUCUUCAAAUUGGAGUGGCUUUUAUUAUUUUUUUUUUUAAAUUUCAUUUUAUUUUGUUUUAUUUUAUUUUAUGAACUUUCCCCGGGUCGCCAGUUGAAGAAACAAAGUGGAUUAAAUUUACCUGCAAUGCCUGGCCUUGCAUGACCUUUGCAGUGCACUGAUUUAGUGUCCAGUCAAUUGCUGGAAAUACAUAUAUAUAUAUAUAGUAUUCCCUGAACAAAAAAAUGAAUUAUUUUGGGGGAAAAAAUUUUCUUUCAUGCACACAUCUCCGCUGGGGUGGUCCUGUGCUGACCCAGCCGUGGUGGUGAGGGGCAGCAGGGUGCUGGCUCGUCUCUCCCUACCACUGGAGGUUUGGGGGGGACAGGACACCCAUGGUGCCCAGUUCUGAGCGUGCAUGGGAAGCAUCUCACCACAAA